GGUUUGUUUCUGCGGAUAGGUAGGAAUCACUACUUUGCUAUAAAUAGUGUUUAUCUAGCCAAAAGAGGUAUCAUUCGAGUGUGAGCGUUCGUUGCGUUAGUAAGCAGAGCCAAGCGUUCAACAGCGGAAAGACAAUCAUGAAGGCGUUCAUUGUGUUCUCCAUGGCCCUGGCCAUUGCUUGCGCAGCGGAAGUUGACGAGUCCAAGAAGGAGAAGCGUGGACUGUGGGAAGAAUCCUACGACAACUAUGGAUAUGACAACUAUGGCCUAGGCUACUCGGACUAUGCUGAAAAGGAAGUGAAGCAGAUCAUCACCAAGAAGGUCCCCGUUCCGUACCCAGUUGAGGUCGAGAAGCACGUCCCAGUGCCGGUGAAGGUCCCGUACCCAGUCCAGGUUGAGAAGAAGGUCCCGGUCGUCGUUGAGAAGAAGGUCCCAGUGUACGUGGAGAAGAAGGUCCCAGUCCACAUUGACCGUCCGUACCCAGUGGAAGUGAAGGUCCCAGUCCAUGUUCCAGUCUACAAGAAGGAAUACGUCGAAGUUCCGAAGCCGUACGCAGUUCAUGUUGAGAAACCUUAUCCGGUCUACGUGAAGCAGCCAGUGUACGUCGAGAAGCAGGUCCCAGUGACGGUGCACAUCAAGGAGCACCACAAGAAGCCGUACUGGGGUUGAGCAAUUUUCGAAACAAUUGUUAAAAUGCCUGUAAGAGACGAAUGAUGCCAAAAAUAUAAUUCUUUACCUGAUGUAUGCAAUGGAA